AUGCCGAUUUCAAUACAAGCCAAAAGAGACGAAGAAAAAGAAAUGAGAGAAAAGAAAAGAAACGAAAGAAAAGAAAAGAAACGAAAGAAAAAAAAAAGGGACAAAGAGAAGAAAGAAGCAAAGAUAAAAAAUAGGACGAAGGAAAAGAAAGAAAUGAAAGAAAAAAAAGGGACAAAAGAAAAAAAAAGAAGCAAAGAUAAAAAAUGA